AUGUCGCACAAUGGUUUAGCAACCGCCGAGGAACACACUGUACCUGAAUCGCCCUUCGGAGCCGUUAGGCCUGUAGGCAUCGAGGCGAAGGGGGUGGCAGUACACGUUAACGACUCGCCUGCUGCAUGGAAACGAUGGAGUUACUCACUCCGUGGUGAGGCACACCGCAUGAAGCGUCACUGCUACCAGACUUGUAUACUGGAAGGAGUCGACCUAUCAAUUCCAGGAGGGACCUUGACUGCUAUUAUUGGUGCUAGUGGCUCCGGAAAGACUACCCUCCUAAAUGCUUUGGCAGGACGUACUUGCGCCACGAGCCUUGUGCCGUCUGGGUCUAUUAGCUUUCCAGGCUCAGCCACACCCGGCAGAACGAGCGCGUACGUGACGCAGGAGGAUGUACAUACCCCAACUUUGACAGUCCGUGAGACGUUAAGAUAUGCAGCGGCUUUACGGCUACCGGUUUCUACGAGCAAGCGCCAGCGCCAUACAAUCGUGGAAAGUCUCAUUGCAUCACUUGAUCUCGCAAAGUGCGCCGAUACUUGUAUUGGAGAUGGCAGCCAAGGAAGUGGUUGCAGUGGCGGCGAGCGAAGGCGAUUGAGUGUGGCCAUCCAGAUGCUAUCACAUCCGGCAGUUUUAUUCUGCGACGAGCCGACGACAGGCUUGGAUGCGACAACUGCUGUCCAUCUCAUGCAAAUGAUGAAAAUGCUAGUGUCCCAAGGAGUCACAGUGGUUGCUUCUUUGCACUCUCCGCGCUCGGAGAUCUGGCAUCUUUUGGAUCGUGUUAUCUUGAUGGCUGACGGGUCUGUUCUCUACGACGGACCAUGUCAGGACUCUAUCCACUAUUUUGCCCUGCAGGGCCACCACCUACAAACUUUCGCCAAUCCAGCAGAAUUUCUGAUUGACCUGGCAGCUGUUGAUCGUCUUUCAAAGGAGGUUGAAGACCUAUCUCGAGCCCGAGUCACGGUUUUGAAAGCCUCCUGGGUUAACCGACGUGAGAAACAGGAUGGUUCCACGAGUGUGACACUCUGUCCCUCACGAGCAUCCCAGGGCAUGGUCCCACGAAGACCACUUGGCUUCUGGCGACAGCUUAGUGUUCUCGUUGCGCGCUCCUCGAGAUCAACCAUGCGAGACCCGUUGGGCCCCCUGGGAGCAUUGAUCUCAGCUGUAUUCCUGGCCCUCGCAAAUGGAUGGAUCUUUUUCCAAUUGGAUGGUAGUUUAGCCGGGAUCCGUUCCCGGCUAGGGAGUUUGUACAUCGUGAUCGCACUCAACGGCUACCUUUCUCUCUUGACGGAGAUCUAUAGUAUGUCCUUGGACCUUAACGUUUUUCACAGAGAGAGAGACGAUGGCGUCGUUUCCCCACUUCCAUACCUGCUGAGCAGAAGGCUGCUUCAUCUUUUCUUCGUCGAUAUCCCGGCGCCACUCCUCUUUUCGAUUAUAUACUACUUCAUGGUUGGAUAUCGUAAGGAAAUGGGCCAGAUUUUGAUAUUCGCCGUACUCUCUGUCGUUACGCAGUUGACAGCGACGUCCUCAGCUAUGAUUUGUGUCUGUUUAAUGAGGAGCUUCGCAGCAGCUUCUACAGUGGGCAAUUUGCUCUUCACUUUACAGUCUUUCGCUGCAGGCUACCUCAUCCAAGUAUCCCAGAUGCCUGUCUAUGUCAGAUGGCUACGCUGGGUAACAUAUUCAUUCUACUUAUUUGGUGCCUUUUGCACCAACGAGUUCAUGGGCCGCGGACAGGAGGAGUAUGGCGAGCUUUAUGAUUGCCCAGUGUCUGGCUCUGGGGAUUCAAUCCAGGAACAAUGCGAGCAGUAUACAGGAGCCUUUGUCAUGAAAAGCCUGGGAUUCCCCCGAGAUUGGAUUUCACGGCCAGUGCUAGCAGCUUUGGGCUUUAUCUUCGUAUCACUGAUUGCUUCUGCCGUGCUUCUGCAUGUCAGACGCCCCGGUGGUAAGCCGUCUAAGCCCUCCACACACCCAGGCAGCAUUGAUGUUGUCGCUGAAAUCCCCGAGAGCCAAGUGCCUGCUUCUUUGAAACACCCCCAACGGGUGGAUAUUCACCUCGAGACUUACUCUGUCAAACUCUGCGUACGGCGGGUUGGCCGUCCAGUCAAUCGGACUACGCUUUUGCAUUCAUUGACCGUCAAGUUCCUAUCCGGCAAACUCAAUGUGGUCAUGGGACCCUCUGGAAGCGGGAAAUCGACUUUGCUAAGUUCCAUGAGCGGAAGACUGCGUAGGUCGUUCACGAGCCACUUUGAAACCUCAGGCUCGAUACGAUAUAAUGGAGUGAUCCCAUUGAACCGCGCUGGGCAGCCAGCCAGUUCUUACAUGUCCCAGUUUGACGAUUCACUGAGCCCAAUGUUGACCGUUCGCGAAACGUUCCAAUUUGCCGCUAGACUGAGACUACCUAGGCGGGUGACCGAUGCCAAGGCAGAAGGAAGAUGUAAAAGUGCGAUGCAGAAGACGGGCCUUGAAAGCUGUGCCGAUAGUCUCGUCGGUUCCAUCAGCGGCGGCCAAAGACGGCGACUGUCCAUUGGGCUGCAGCUCCUUACCGAUUCACCAAUUCUAUUUCUCGAUGAGCCUACAUCUGGCUUGGACGGCUUCACCGCGCUGGCGAUUGUUGCCCUACUACAUGCCUUGGCUACAGAAGGAAGAACAGUGGUCUUGACGAUUCACCAACCUCGGUCUGAUAUGCUGCGAUACUUUUCAACCAUAACGCUGCUGACUCACGGCGGAAACCUGGUUUACUCUGGAAGCGGGCAUGAAAUACUUGGGUAUUUCGGGAGUCUAGGGCACCAUUGCCCGGAGCAAACGAGCGCCACCGACUAUUUACUAGAUCUCAUUACGGUCGAUACCCGUCGGAAUGAGCUAAGAGAAUCUACACAACUUCGGGUUGAAAAUCUGAUUCACAGCUGGCGAGAAGGCAUCACUGCUGCUACCGCGUCUGAAAGCUUCACAAGUCCGACGGAGAUCCAGCAUCGAUCAUCCGAUCCAACGAUGUUUCCUCCCGCGCUUAAGCCGAAUUUUCUAGUCGCACUACGGAUAUACAUCAAGCGGUCCGUUCUCAUGUUUCGGCGUUACCCAGACUGGACUGUUUGUCGUCUAGUCCAGGUGGUAGGAGCCGCCUUACUUAUGGUCUUAUUUUAUGCGCCCUUGCAGACCGACUAUGCAGCUAUACAAACACGGCUGGGAUUCAUACAGCAAUUCUCUAAUCUUCUAUUUGCAGGAUUGCUCCAGUGUGUCGCGAUAUUCCCAACCCAACGCGACCUGUUCUCCAACGAAGUCUUCGACAAUUGUGCCUCGGUGACAGCCUUUCUCUUACACUACACAAUACUAGAGCUCCCCUUCGAGAUCAUCACCGCCACGGUAUUCGGGGCCCUUACCUCGUUGGCCGCAGGUCUCGGCAGAACCUUCCCAAUGUUCCUCACGUGCAUUGCCAGCGCGCUCUGCCUCACGAGCUGCGGCGAGUCAAUGGGCAUCAUAUUCUGCACCCUGUUCGCAACGCAUACGGGCUUCGCACUCAGCCUGUGCUCCGUGCUGCUCGCGACCUCCCUGCACCUAGGCGGCAUCAUGAACGCCGAAAUGACAGCACCCGCCUUGCAGGCCAUCAGCUACCUCUCCCCCUUCAAGUACGCCGUCGGCACACUUGCUCCACACGCCUUUGGAGACAGUGACCAUGGCCACCAGAUCUCCUUCACGUGUUCCAAUGGAGAUAGUUGCCCGUUGACGACAGGUGCGCAGGUUCUCGCGUUGUACCGCUUGGACAAGAACGCGGACGUAGAGCUCGGGGGCCUCGUGCUCUGUACCCUCGUGUAUCGGCUUGUCGCCUAUAUGACCCUCAAGCUGGCGCUCGAUCGUCCGGACCUUCGGCAGAUGGUGGUGAUGGAGCCGCUUUGGAAAUUGUUCCCGUGUCGGACGACCGGAUGCGAUGAUGUCGUCCCCAAGAUCGCGCGCAACUUCCGCGAGCUCGCCAUGAGCCAACCCGGCUACGGCUACGCGGGCUCGACGUUUCACCGUAUCGACCCCGGGUUUAUGCUCCAGGAUGGUGACUUCACUAGGGGCGAUGUAAGUCACUUGGCUUGCUUGCGAAACUACGUCUAG